CGAGCGGUUGCCAGGAAGAUUUGUGACGUCACCAGUAAGCAAAAGGCUAGUUGUGAGUUGUUGUUGGUGCAGUUUCACGGCUUUUAUGGCUUUUCCAGCAAAUAGAUGUAGAUUACCUGUAUUGUAAUCUUUCCUUCCAACCUGUGGCUACUAACAACAUACCAAGAAUCUGCUUGACACAAUUCACGGCAAUGAAAAGUGAAAGUUCGUGCGGUUCUUUAUGCCAGCAUCCUGAGUGUUGGAGAGCAAAUUUACAAAGAGUAAAGGAUGCUGUUAGACUGAGAAAUGGAAUUCACAGUAAUGAAACAGUAGAAGAAAAAGACUUCGAUAGUCUGGCUAAAAGCAGAAGGAAAAGUGACGAAGGCUCUCUUCCAACACUGAAAAUUGUUGAUGCAUUUGGGGAGGCAGACCUCAGACAGAACAGUGCACCAAUCAAUGGCCGUACAACAUCACAAUCAAACAGAUAUCAUCACCGGUCAUCAUCAUUACCCUCAUUAUCGCCUGAUCUGAGUAGUCAGCGUCAGUCAUCUUCAUGCACCCCAACUGUCUGUGUGCCUCGUCCAUCUCCUGUUUCACCAACGGUGUUAACAGAUUACCAGAAACGCAUGCUGUGGAAGAAGAAAUUGCAAGCUGGCUCAGAAGCCACUGAUAUUCACCAUGAGAAGGGCAAUGCAUCAGUUGUUGGUGUCCAUGAAUUGUAUGAAAAUGAUGAGCUGUUACAAGACUGGAAGGACGUGUAUAUUACUUCAGCAUAUCUCGUAUGGUGUCAAACCAGCAGGAGAAAAAAGAGAAAGGCAAAAAGCACUGGGUCCAUUGCAAGGAGGAAAGACCCUCAUAGAAUAGCAUUUAAAGAUGUCACAGAAGACAUGAUCCCAGCUACCAUGGAGAAAACAAAACCAUGUCUCGGUUCACAAAGAAAAAAGUGCCAGUCUCACCUUCUUGUCAAGUCUCACAGUUACCUUAAAGCUAGUCUAGCCUGUGACAGCACUAAAACAAGUGGAUGCUCUAACAAGCUAAUGGCAGACUACAUUGUAAUUGGCUAUUUAAAGAAACGUCCUGAGCCUCGCCGAUCUCCUACUGUAGGACUACCUUACAGUCCAAGCCGGGCAAGCUCUCAUCGCCGAGUUCAUGUUCAGCACCUGGACCUCUCCAAAUAUGGGCUGGAAGAUUUUGGAGACUUUCCAAAGUCAGUUAUUGCUGGAAUCCUUCAGCAUCUCAAGCCAAGCAUGGCAGUUGACCAAGAAUUGCCUUUGGGUUUAGAAGUUCAACCAAAGCAACAUUCAAGUCCAAGAGCUGAGGUACUGCCAGGCGGUAAACAAGUGAAAGCUGAUAUGAGCAAAGACCUGAAUAAAUCGGAACAAAUACCGACGACUCUGGAGCAAACUGUACUUGAUGAAAACUCGCGAAUGUUGCUUGAUAUUGAUAUUAACUCACACUUCACCCCUCCUGUGGAGGAGGUAGUUACAGAUGAGGAGAGUAGUGACAGGAUCUUGGGUAACUCCACCCAAGGCACAAAACUGGAGUCAAGCAUGAUUAAAGCAGUCAGUGAUAAACUGACAGCAGCAAGGCAAGGACGUGUUUUGUUGCCUCUUUCUUCAGUCGGUGUUCCUUCAGACCGUCAGUCCAAAGCCAAACCACACCACUGUAUGAACUCUAUUCCGCGUAACUUGGAUUUAGGCGUAGCAAUGGAACCUGUUGAGCUUGUAUCAGUCACGCCAACUCCCACAGGAACCCCAAGAGAGGAGGUGGCAGCUCAAGACUCUCAGCUGUGUGCUCUGGUCAGCAGCUCUCUAGAUGUGACUUUGGCUGCAAGCGAACUUGUUUCACCGAGUGACGAUCACAUGAACCAGUACUGGCCCGUCAGAGGACAUAUGACUUCAGCACUGAGGUCCAUUGCAAGGAGGAAAGACCCUCAUAGAAUAGCAUUUAAAGAUGUCACAGAAGACAUGAUCCCAGCUACCAUGGAGAAAACAAAACCAUGUCUCGGUUCACAAAGAAAAAAGUGCCAGUCUCACCUUCUUGUCAAGUCUCACAGUUACCUUAAAGCUAGUCUAGCCUGUGACAGCACUAAAACAAGUGGAUGCUCUAACAAGCUAAUGGCAGACUACAUUGUAAUUGGCUAUUUAAAGAAACGUCCUGAGCCUCGCCGAUCUCCUACUGUAGGACUACCUUACAGUCCAAGCCGGGCAAGCUCUCAUCGCCGAGUUCAUGUUCAGCACCUGGACCUCUCCAAAUAUGGGCUGGAAGAUUUUGGAGACUUUCCAAAGUCAGUUAUUGCUGGAAUCCUUCAGCAUCUCAAGCCAAGCAUGGCAGUUGACCAAGAAUUGCCUUUGGGUUUAGAAGUUCAACCAAAGCAACAUUCAAGUCCAAGAGCUGAGGUACUGCCAGGCGGUAAACAAGUGAAAGCUGAUAUGAGCAAAGACCUGAAUAAAUCGGAACAAAUACCGACGACUCUGGAGCAAACUGUACUUGAUGAAAACUCGCGAAUGUUGCUUGAUAUUGAUAUUAACUCACACUUCACCCCUCCUGUGGAGGAGGUAGUUACAGAUGAGGAGAGUAGUGACAGGAUCUUGGGUAACUCCACCCAAGGCACAAAACUGGAGUCAAGCAUGAUUAAAGCAGUCAGUGAUAAACUGACAGCAGCAAGGCAAGGACGUGUUUUGUUGCCUCUUUCUUCAGUCGGUGUUCCUUCAGACCGUCAGUCCAAAGCCAAACCACACCACUGUAUGAACUCUAUUCCGCGUAACUUGGAUUUAGGCGUAGCAAUGGAACCUGUUGAGCUUGUAUCAGUCACGCCAACUCCCACAGGAACCCCAAGAGAGGAGGUGGCAGCUCAAGACUCUCAGCUGUGUGCUCUGGUCAGCAGCUCUCUAGAUGUGACUUUGGCUGCAAGCGAACUUGUUUCACCGAGUGACGAUCACAUGAACCAGUACUGGCCCGUCAGAGGACAUAUGACUUCAGCACUGAGAUAUUCUCCAACUCCAGUGCACGCCCCAGCGCCAACGCCCAUCAGUCCAGAGAGAUAUGGGCACUACUCUCGGACGCCACAGACCAGGGAGCAUAGCACUUCUGUCACGUCACGUCACAUCAAAAGAUGGGAAACACUAAGCAGUGUGUACGAUCAAGACGAAACAGAGAUAAGUCGUGAGGCUCUAGGCAGCCCUGAGGGGGAGGGGAAUGAAAUAGCUGUGGAACCAGUAUUUUUAACGCAAGAGGUUCUGUCACGUGACCCGAGUCUCACACCAUUAUUGACCAGGAAAGACACUGAAGAAUGGCCACAAGACAGAAUGAUAAUAAAUAUCAUUGAGAAUGACGUACCGUCACGUACGGGACGAAGCCCCAGCCCCGGGAGUAAAACAUACAUCCCUCAGGAUAUUCUGGCUGAAUUCCACGGGGAUCUUUAUGGAAGAAAAGAAAUGCGAAUAGCAGGUCAAAAAAUGAUGGGCAAGCUGAAUGUUGUCAAAGAACCUGAGAUGUCAACAGAUUUCCCAGCGUACAUUGCACCUGCUUGGAGACCACCUCGAUCAAGGACUCCAAUUCAGUUCUUAGAAACACCAUCUCGAAGAGCCCCUAAGCCCCUUAGGCAGCCCCCGGCGGAAAGCGUGCCCAAAUCCUUAACCGUUCAGCCACUAGCAAGACGUGUUCUGCGAAGACCCAAGAGUACCCCUCCCCGUAUCAGCUCCCCAAGGGAGUUCAGAGAUCUGCCAGUACAACAAAUUCUGUCUGAUUCAUCACUACCUGCUAAAUUGACACUAGACGAUGAGGAAGGGUUUUCAAUGGUCGCGCAGGUAUCAUCUCCCUCUGGGGAUACUUGUGGUUCCAUCCCUCCUCCCCCGUCUCCGGAAGCCCUCUUGGUAGGCACAAUGGUUCCCAGUGCAUCCAGGCUUGAUCCCGUCAGUGAGGUAGAGGAGAAAAGCAGUGUAGCUUCUUGUAGUGUUGUUGAUGGGACGAGCCAAGUGGAAGGUGUCGCUAACCUGUCAGAGGUUGAGGAAGAAGUUGAUAUAGGCCAGGAAUCCCAAAACAACGAAACUGGAAGUAGUGAAGAAAAAGAUCAACAAUCAGGUUUUGAGGUGACAGAAACAGAAAAAGCUGAACAAAGUCCGGUAGUUGAAUUGGUUGAGAACUUACACGGCCAUACUAUUUUCUCGUCUGUUGAUGGAGAAGCUAUCAUUGACAAACAAAAUCCGCUUACAGCAGAUGCUGUGAGCGAUGAAAUAACCCGAGACCAAACUGCACACAACGAGGACGAGGCGGAAAAACAACAAGAAGAGAUUCCUAAUGAAGCUAACACGACUGGAGAGGAGGAUUCACGCGAUAACGAUGCUGUGGCUCCUCCCCACCCCCCAGGGUCGCCAGACAUUGUUAGUACUCCUGAUUUUACUGAGGGGGUGGACAUGAGUCUCGAUCUUGAAGCCGAGUUACGUGCGGCCAUGGAAGGACUGGAUGACUUAGUGGACGCUGAAGAAAGCGGAGGUAAACGGACUUCACCUGAACUGGAACCUUGGUGAUAACGACAUCAUAUCGCUGUAAAAUCGAGUUUAAAGUUGUUCACUUUUUGCCGCAUGAUUUUUAAUUUAGCAGUGUAAAAUCUUAAUACAAACGUAUUCGUGUAGAAUGUAGGCCCCAUGUCCUGGGAAACAAUUCAAAUAGAUUAAAGUUUUUGUUUUAAAGUUUUCCAGCUGAGUUUAGUCACGUCAUUUGACCAGAACGAAAUUAGAAUUUUAAAAAGAUGCGAAAACAUUUAAGAUUCGGUUGGAGGAUUAACAAAACAAAUACCCAUCAGUCAAAUUAAAUCUUAACUACACUCACCGACUCCAAUUAUAGCACCAUUAUCGACGAAGACACUUUUCUAUGACUCCUGUCCCAUCGAUAUUUAAGUAAAUCUAAGUAUUUGUUUUGAAUAAGCGGGAUCACGAAAGCUUUUUCUCAUCUGCAGUCAACUUGAACUUGCAAUUUGUUAUUCAUGACGUUAGUGAGUUUGUAAGAAGAAUACAUUAAAGAUAAUGAAAGGCUCUUUGAAAGAAAA